AUGAAGCAAGGUGAAUCGAUCACUGAUUAUUUUGGCCGAGCAAUGACGGUUGCAAACGACAUGAGGAAUCAUGGAGAAGAUGUGGAUGAUGUCAAGAUCGUUGAGAAGAUUUUGAGAACCCUCACUGAGAAAUGGAACUAUAUUGUUUGUUCCAUUGAGGAAGCCAAGGACAUAGAUCAACUAUCUGUGGAUGCCUUGCAAAGUUCUCUGCUCGUUCAUGAGCAAAAAUUCAAAGUAAGUGGAGAAAAGGAACAUGAUUUGAAGGUAACUUAUGAAGAGAGCUAUGGUGGAAGAGGGCAAGGAAGUGCUACUUUUCGAGGAGGUCGGGGACACAUCAAAGGCAGGGGCAGCCAACCGAGGAGUAAGGAAACAAUAGAGUGUUACAAAUGUCAUAAGCUUGGACACUUCCAGUACGAGUGCCAAGAAAAUUAUGCUGGUUUGGAGGAAUCAUAA